CAUGGAUGAACAGAUUGGCUCUUCCUUCAUAGCCAACUCCCUGUGUCACCUCUCGAUUCUUAUAAGCGCACACAACAGAUGUCUCGCUAUACCAGGGAUAACAAGCUGGAAGUCAUCUGUGAGGGAAAAGAAACCUGGAAAGAGGAUCAGAUAAAACUUACUGCCACUUCUAGCUGUCAUGCUUCUGGAAAACAGGAAGAAAUCGCACCCAGUGAGAGUGAAGAAUGAAUUCAGUCACACAAAACACUGGUUUAUCUACACUGAACCUAUGUGAGGUCAUGCAACCGAAACUAACUUCAUUUUCCUUUAUUCAUGAAUGAUUACAAACUUGUUGUACCUCUCGUACAGUUUGAUUACUUAAAUCAGUUUGUGUUUAUGAUAACUUCUGGUUUUGAUUUAAAAUAUGAUGACAAAUUCACACAAGCCUGCUUUUAACACUUACCCAAAGGACAAAGGGAAAAUUAAAAUUGAGUAUGCACUUCUGGCUGGCUGGAUGUGCUGAUGAUUUCUGGGAGCUGAAUAAUUCAUUGAUUGUUCAUCUAAAAAAAUUAAAAGUUCCUCAGCUCCCAAGAAUUUACAGAAAGAAUCCUUGUGACACAGCACAAAAUUCUCAGGACAGUAUAGGACAGUAUAGUGUUAUUGUCUGCUCGAGCAGUACAGUUUUUAUAGUAGCCUAUUUAUGAUUGUUUGUUAAUGCAAAUUUGUAAAAUAAAAAUAAAUAAAAAUGGUUAGAUCAAGUUAUUACUUUAUUAGUGUACUAUUUCCAGAUUAACACGUACUAGUUUUUUUUUCAAUAUUCAUAUUAUUUAUAUACAAAUUGACCUUUGUGUAUACGUACAAGUUAAUUAUUAAGUAAAAUGCAAAUCUAUUAACCAAAAUAUUUUAUUCCAAAUAUAAAUACAGAAGCGUCAAAAAUGUAAGUUACAUGGAUGUUCCUAUCAUGUAGGCUACAUAUUUUCACGGCAGUAUCAGAUUUCAGUUAUUAUGGAUGAUGAUGAUGCGAGAAGAAAGCAAAACUGAAACCAAAACGAACCUGACCUGUCGGCGCCGCACCUAAACAAACUAUUUGUGUCUAAGGAAGUAAAGGCGACAAAGAAGAUGGCAAAAGCAAGCAAAGAUGAGUUUCAGCUUGUUCUUGAAGGAGCUGACAGAGAAAAUGUUGAACAGGAGUUCACAGUGCCGUGUCAUCUGUCACCUAAAAUCAGCGCUGUUGACAUGGAGAUCAGGUGGUUUAAGGAGACAGAAUGUGUGUUUCUCUAUAAGAACAGAAAACUGUUGGAAGGAAGAAGCUACAGAGGCAGAGUGAGUUUUCUGACUGAGGAUCUGGAAGAAGGAAACGUGUCCUUAUAUCUGAGAGACUUCAGACAGUCGGAUGUGGGAGAUUAUGUGUGUCAGGUCACCAGUGGAGAUGCAACUGAGGAGAUUACAGUAAAAGUAGGAUAUGACUUGUGGAAAGGUGCAGCAGUAGCUGGAGCAUUAGUAGUAGCAGGAGUGGCAAUAGUAGUUCAGGCAGGAGAAGCAGAAGCAACAGCAAAAUCAUCAGUAGCACCAAGAGUGACAAUUCAGGGAAGAGCAGCAUUAGCAAAUGGAGGAGUAGUAGCAACAAAAUCAUUAUUUGCAGUAGUAGGAGCACCAGAAGAAGCAGUAGCACCAAUAGCAGGAGCAACAAAAGCAAUACUGUUUCUGAUUCUCCUUGGAGCAAUAGUAGUAUUAGCAUUAGUAAAAGCAAGAAGAAACGGUGCACGAACAACAAGAAACACAAGACCAGUCGACAUAGUUGCAGACGUGGCGACAAAUUGCUGGAAGCUUACUGUCAGACAAUUCUUAAAAACUGAUAAGGCUCACAGAACAUGGAGUGAAGAGGAAAGAAAUAAAAUAAAGGAAUCUUCUCUUCUGGCGGUGAGAAGAAACAGCAAAGACAACAAUCCAGACAUGUGUGAAGAGCCGUUUCAAACGAGAAGCAGUGGAGAUGAAGACAUGGAACCACAGAAUUGAUUCUUCUAGUCAGACACAGAGACACUGAGGUUCCUGAAUAAAGGCCAAACCCUGCAUACAGAGGCUCUGAGAAUGUGGAGGAAAAUGUGUGCAAGUGUGUGAGUUUAUUUUUGUCAGAG